UACGUGGCAAGGAAUUUGUUGUGAGGUCUGGGUGCAAUGGCGAGCCUUCUGCGUAUUGCUGUCAGUGGGUGCUCAGCUUCUGUUUUUGGCAAUGUGUUCCCACCGAGUGUGCAUUCCACAAAGAUGCUGUGCUUGCGAAUGUUUAGAACCCACCAGGUGCUUGGGUCUCAGGCAGCUCCAAAGCCAGGAAUUCCUUAUAAACAGCUGACUGUCGGUGUCCCCAAGGAGAUAUUUGAGAAUGAGAAGAGAGUGGCUCUGUCACCAGCUGGAGUUCAAGCUUUGGUUAAGCAAGGCUUCAAUGUUGUGGUGGAAUCUGGUGCUGGAGAAGCUUCUAAAUUUUCUGAUGACCAUUACAGAGAAGUUGGAGCAAAGAUCCAGGGGACCAAGGAAGUCCUGGCUUCUGAUUUGAUUGUGAAAGUGAGAGCUCCUAUAUAUAACUCAUCUCUAGGUGUACAUGAGGUAGAUCUUUUCAAGACAGCAGCAACCCUGAUUAGCUUUAUCUACCCAGCCCAAAAUCCAGACCUCCUGAAAAAACUUGCAGAAAAAAAAGCUACUGUCUUGGCUAUGGAUCAGGUUCCACGGGUCACCAUUGCUCAGGGAUAUGAUGCACUUAGCUCUAUGGCCAACAUUGCUGGUUACAAGGCUGUGGUCCUGGCAGCAAAUCACUUCGGUCGAUUUUUCACGGGUCAAAUCACAGCUGCUGGUAAAGUUCCUCCAGCAAAGGUACUGAUCAUUGGAGGAGGGGUUGCUGGCCUGGCUUCUGCAGGAGCAGCAAAAUCAAUGGGUGCAGUGGUUCGUGGAUUUGAUACUAGAGCUGCAGCCCUGGAACAGUUCAAAUCUCUUGGUGCUGAGCCUUUGGAAGUGGACUUAAAAGAAUCUGGAGAGGGACAAGGUGGUUAUGCUAAAGAAAUGUCCAAAGAAUUUAUUGAAGCUGAAAUGAAACUCUUUGCCAAACAGUGCCAAGAUGUUGACAUUAUCAUCACUACAGCACUUAUUCCAGGCAAAAAAGCUCCAAUCUUGUUUAAGAAGGAUAUGAUUGAAUCAAUGAAGGAAGGUUCAGUUGUUGUGGAUUUAGCUGCAGAAGCAGGGGGAAAUAUUGAGACUACAAAGCCCGGAGAAAUGUAUGUUCAUAAGGGUGUUACACACAUUGGGUACACAGAUCUGCCUAGCAGAAUGGCUACUCAGGCCAGUACCCUGUAUUCUAAUAAUAUUAUCAAACUUCUAAAGGCUAUUAGUCCUGACAAAGAGAACUUCUACUUUGAUCCAAAAGAUGACUUUGACUAUGGAACUCUGGAUCAUGUUAUUAGAGGAACUGUAGUAAUGAAGGAUGGCAAAGUGAUUUUCCCAGCACCUCCACCAAAUAACAUUCCUCAAGGAGCACCAGCAAAGCAGAAGACUGUAGCAGAGCUGGAAGCAGAAAAAGCAGCUACUAUUACACCUUUUAGAAAAACCAUGACUACUGCAUCUGUAUACACAGCAGGUUUGGCUGGUAUGUUAGGGCUGGGCAUUGCAGCACCUAAUGCUGCUUUCACACAAAUGGUGACAACGUUUGGCCUCUCUGGAAUAGUGGGGUACCACACAGUGUGGGGUGUGACUCCUGCUCUGCACUCCCCACUCAUGUCUGUGACUAAUGCCAUCUCAGGUCUAACUGCAGUUGGUGGGCUCGUUUUGAUGGGGGGGCACUAUCUCCCUGAAAACAUUUCCCAAAGCCUAGCAGUGCUUUCAGCUUUUAUUUCUUCAGUCAAUAUUGCAGGUGGCUUUUUAGUUACACAGAGAAUGCUGGAUAUGUUCAAACGUCCCACAGACCCUCCUGAGUACAACUACUUGUAUCUGCUCCCGGGUGGUGUGUUUGUAGGAGGCUAUGCAGCUGCUCUAAGUGGUGGCUAUAACAUUGAACAAGUGAUGUAUCUGGGCUCAGGACUGUGCUGUGUUGGUGCACUGGCUGGUUUGUCUACCCAAGGAACAGCUCGUCUUGGAAAUGCUUUGGGUAUGAUUGGGGUUGCAGGAGGUUUAGCCGCAACUCUUGGAAGCCUUAAUCCCUCGCCUGAAUUGCUGGCACAGAUGUCAGGUGCAAUGGCACUUGGUGGAACCAUAGGUCUGACAAUUGCUAAACGUAUCCAGAUUACGGAUCUGCCUCAGCUAGUGGCUGCUUUUCACAGUUUGGUUGGUUUGGCUGCUGUGCUCACCUGUGUAGCAGAGUACAUGAUUGAAUAUCCUCACUUUGCAACCGAUCCUGCUGCAAACCUCACCAAGAUUGUGGCAUAUCUUGGCACAUACAUUGGUGGAGUGACUUUCAGUGGUUCUCUUGUUGCAUAUGGAAAACUUCAAGGUAUCCUGAAUUCUGCACCUCUGCUCUUGCCUGGUCGACAUGCAUUGAACGCAGGACUGCUGGCUGCCAGCAUUGGUGGGAUGGUUCCCUACAUGAUUGAUCCUUCUUAUACCACGGGAAUUACUUGCCUGGGCUCUGUCUCAGCACUCUCAGCCAUAAUGGGUGUCACUUUAACAGCAGCUAUUGGAGGUGCUGACAUGCCUGUAGUUAUUACUGUCCUAAACAGUUACUCUGGAUGGGCUUUGUGUGCCGAGGGCUUUCUCCUGAACAACAACUUGUUGACCAUUGUUGGUGCACUCAUUGGCUCCUCUGGGGCCAUCCUCUCUUACAUCAUGUGUGUGGCUAUGAACCGUUCCCUUGCAAAUGUGAUUCUUGGGGGUUAUGGCACUGCAUCAACAGCUGGUGGGAAACCCAUGGAAAUUACUGGAACUCACACAGAAAUCAAUGUGGACAAUGCAGUUGAAAUGAUAAAAGAAGCCAAUAGUAUUAUUAUUACUCCAGGUUAUGGUUUGUGUGCAGCAAAAGCUCAGUACCCAAUAGCUGAUCUGGUGAAGAUGUUGAGAGAACAAGGGAAAAAUGUCAGGUUUGGUAUUCAUCCUGUGGCUGGCCGUAUGCCUGGUCAGCUGAAUGUACUGCUAGCAGAGGCAGGCGUUCCCUAUGAUAUUGUACUGGAAAUGGAUGAAAUCAAUGAAGACUUCCCAGAAACUGACUUGGUCCUUGUAAUUGGUGCAAAUGAUACAGUUAAUUCAGCAGCUCAGGAAGAUCCGAACUCUAUCAUAGCUGGAAUGCCAGUUCUUGAGGUCUGGAAGUCCAAACAGGUCAUUGUAAUGAAGAGAUCUCUGGGAGUUGGUUAUGCAGCGGUGGACAAUCCCAUCUUCUACAAGCCCAAUACUGCCAUGUUGUUGGGAGAUGCUAAGAAGACCUGUGAUGCCCUGCAGGCCAAAGUCAGGGAAUCAUACCAAAGCUAAAUACUGAUUUAUAUUCUGCUUGUAUUUCUGACUACAGUUUUGUCACAGAGGCCAUGGAAAAUGAGAGGUGAAAGAAUCUCUCACUGUCAUAAGGCAGCUGGCUUUUCGAAAAGACUGCAUUGACUUCUAGGAGUCAUAGUUUGGUCAGGGGAUAUAAACUUUUAUGAAAAAAAUGGGCAGAUUAGCCCUUCAAACUAAAUCUCCAAUGAGACAAUGCAAAAAGUAAUGAAAAUGUUCUUUUUAAGGUCAACAUUGUGCUAUUACAAGAAGAACAAGUAACUCAUGGCCAUCUUUAAGUAGUUGCUGACUUUCUCCUCUUUACUGU